AUGUACUCCCAACUCGUCGCCGGGGACUCCGACUCCGAGGGGUCCCUGAUCUCCGAUGUCUCCGCCUCCCCGCCCCGCGGCCGUUCGCCACAGCCCCCUCCGCCGCCCGACCCCCGUCCCAACCCCAAGCACACCGCCACCGUGAAACCCAAGCCCAAGCCCAAACCCCCCAAGUCCAAGGCGAAGCCCAAGCCUGCAGCAUCCGCCUGCACCGCCGCCGCUUCGCCGCCUUCCCUCCCCUCCGCCGCGCUCUCCGACCCGCACGGUCUCGUCUCACGCAUCGCCGCUGCUCCCGCGCUUGUCGUCGCCACCAGCACCGUCUCUUCCUCCUCCUUCCGCCGUCUCGUCCAGUCGCGCAACCCCUCCUUCGAUCCCGCCGCCGCCUUCAGCGCCCCGGCCCCCGCGCCCACUCCGGCGCCCACGGAGAUAGCAACCGCAGCGGCAGCGCAGUGUCCUGUGCCGGACGCGCCGCCGCAGACCAGGCCCAAGCGGGUGCAUCCCAACUCGGUGUCGGAGGUGGCCCCCGCGGCGGCGGAGGCAGAGCAACCGAAGCGGCCGAGAGGGGGUGCCGAAGGAAACUUUGUGCGGCUCAACAUCAAUGGCUACGGUCGGAGGAGGACGUUCAGGAACGCGCAGGCUAGGCGCCCGACGAAAUACCGCUCCUGGCGGCGGCAGCGACAUGGCGGCGCGAAACCUCAAGGCUGCGGCGACGAGGAAGGGGAUCUUGUGGCUGAAGCUCUGUUAGAGCGGGAGAAGAAGGGGGCAGUAGGUGACGAUGGUGUCCUCGAGGCCGUCGAAGCAGCGAGAGAGGACCCAUCUGAGCAGAAUCUUGAGAGCUUGCUCAGAGCUGUCUAUGGGUACAACUCUUUCCGCGAGGGGCAGCUUGAGGCAAUCCAGAAGGUUGUUGCAGGAGAGUCAACUAUGCUUCUGCUCCCUACUGGUGCGGGCAAGUCACUAUGCUAUCAGGUGCCUGCUAUGAUUUUGCCUGGACUAACACUGGUGGUUAGCCCCCUGCUCUCCUUAAUGGUGGAUCAACUGAGGAAGCUACCUGCAUUUUUGCCAGGUGGCCUUCUUGCAAGCAAUCAGACAAGCGAUGAGUUUCAUGAGACAUUACAAAGGUUGCGUGGAGGAGAAAUAAAGGUGCUUUUUGUUUCCCCUGAAAGAUUCUUGAAUGAAGAAUUUCUGCUAAUAUUUAGGGAUGGGCUACCAAUAUCUCUAGUUGCUAUUGAUGAAGCUCACUGCAUUUCUGAAUGGUCUCAUAAUUUUAGACCUUCGUAUCUAAGGCUCCGUGCAUCACUACUUCGAAGAAAACUUAAUGUUCAAUGUAUUCUUGCAAUGACUGCAACUGCGACAACUCAAACCUUGGAGGAGAUAGUGACUGCCUUAGAAAUACCAUCUGAUAACCUCAUUAAAACAUCUCAAAUAAGGGACAAUCUGCAGCUGUCUAUCAGCACGAGCAAUAACAGACUGAAGGAUCUAUUGCUGUUGUUGAAGUCUUCACCUUUUGUUGACAUGAAGAGUAUAAUUGUCUAUUGCAAGUUUCAGGGAGAAACUGACUAUGUUUCAAAGUACUUAUGUGACAACAACAUUACUGCUAAGAGCUACCAUAGUGGACUUCCUAUGAAGAACAGGAGCCGUGUACAAGAGCUUUUCUGCUCUAACAAAAUAAGAGUGGUUGUUGCAACAGUGGCAUUUGGAAUGGGUCUUGAUAAGAGUGACGUUGAAGGGGUGAUUCACUAUAGCUUGCCAGAAAGCUUAGAAGAAUACAUACAGGAAACUGGGCGUGCUGGGAGGGAUGGGCGAUUGUCAUAUUGUCAUCUACUUCUUGAUUCAACAACAUUCUAUAAGAGCCGUAGUCUUUCGCACAGUGACGGUGUUGAUGAAUAUGCUAUGAGCAAAUUUCUUUGCCAGGUAUUUUCAUGCAACAAUUCAGUGGGGCGCAUUUGCUCCUUGGUUAAAGAGUCGACUUCACGCAAGUUUGAUAUAAAAGAGGAGGUGCUCUUGACUGUCCUAACACAGCUAGAAAUCGGUGGUCAGCAAUAUCUCCGUUUACUUCCUCAGUUCAGUGUUACCUGCACACUGUAUUUUCACAAGACGUCACCACACUUGCUUGAAGGCAAGGAUGUACUAAUUAGAUCAGUUCUGAAUAAGUCAGAGACUAAGGGUGGAAAUUUUGUCUUCGACAUGACAAAGGUAGCUAAUGAUCUGAACAUCACAGUGAAUGAAGUAUUUGACCAUUUGCAACAGCUAAAGUUCUCUGGAGAAAUUUCAUACGAAUUAAAAGAUCCAGCCUGCAUUUAUGUGAUCUUAAAGAAGCCAGAUGACUUGAAUGCACUUUCAGCAAAUAUCACAAAAUGGCUUUCUGAAGUAGAAAAUUCAAAGAUCAGUAAAUUGGAUGCUAUGUUUGAUCUAGCAAACUUUGCUGUCAAGGGGUGCCAAAGGACUGAUGGCUGUUCUGGCUCCCAGCACACUUCGUGCAUUCAAAAAAAGAUCAUACAGUACUUUAGUAAGAACUACGCCACCUCAUACAAUGACCACUGUACUCAGCCACACAGGAGCAGCCCAUUCUUGCAAGCUGAUAUAAAGGUGUUCCUUCAAAGCAAUUCGUUUGCGAAAUUCACGCCAAGGGCCGUUGCUAGGAUUAUGCAUGGCAUAUCAAGCCCGGCUUUUCCAUCUGCCACCUGGUCCAAGAACCACUUCUGGGGGCGCUAUGUGGAGGUUGAUUUCCCAGUGGUCAUGGAAGCUGCCAAAGCCGAACUAGUCAAAUUCGUGGGAAAAGGAGAGUAG